AAAAAAAUCCAUUUUUCACUAAUAGUGACAAAUUUAUAUUUUUCUUCAAAAAAAUAAUUAUGAAGAUUGAAGGUGGAAAAGUGAAGAAAUAUGCUUUAUUAUUAGCUGCAAAAGAUUCAGAAUAUGUGAAAAAAAUGUAUGGAGGAUAUUUUAAUGUAUUUGUUGAGGCAUUUGGUGAUGAAGAAUUUGGAGAAAAAUGGGAUUUAUUUAGAGUUGUUGAUGAUGAAUUUCCAGAAAUGGAUCAACUUAUUAAUUAUGAUGGAUUUGUAAUUAGUGGAAGUCCAUUUGAUGCAUAUGGGAAUGAGCAUUGGAUUCUCAAACUUUGUAUACUUUUGCAAAAUUUGUAUUUCAUGCAAAAGAAAGUUCUUGGUAUUUGCUUUGGACAUCAGGUUUUGUGUAGAGCUUUGGGAGGAAAAGUUGGAAAAGCUAACAAUGGAUGGGACAUUGGACUAAGAAAAUUGAACAUUGUGAAGGACUUCUCAACACAUAGCUUCCUUAAAGAUUUGGAUGAAAUCCCACUAGCACUUUCAAUUAUUGAGUGCCACCAAGAUGAGGUGUGGGAAGUGCCAAAGGGAGCAGAAAUAGUAGCAAUUUCAGAAAAAACAAAUGUGGAGAUGUUUACAAUGGGAGAUCAUAUUUUAGGUAUACAAGGUCAUCCUGAAUAUACAAAAGAUAUAGUCUCAAAUCUAAUUGAUAGACUACUUUCCAAUGGUUCCAUUCAGAGUGAAUUUGCAGAAGCUGCAAAAUCUAAGCUUUAUAAAGCUGACCCAGAUAGGAAAUGUUUGGAAAAAAUUUGCAAGAAAUUUCUCAAAAGGGAAAUGGAAUUUAUCAAUAACAAUAUAUGAUAUUUUAACACUUUGUAUUUUCCUAUGCAUAUAUCUUUGUAUUACUUUUUUUUUAAAUUGUUAUAAUGGAAAUAAUCAAAUGUAAUAUUGAUUCACAUAAGAAAAAUAUGUGAACCUAACUAAAGGUAUUUGUUACUUGUGU